AUGCCGCUUGAACAAGUGCUUAUGCAAAUUAAUGAUGAUCCUUCCUUAAAGUGGCCAGAAAAAAUGAAAGGAGAUCCCAACAAGCGCAAUAGAAACAAGUAUUACCGCUUCCACAGAGAUCAUGGACAUGACACAGACAAAUGUUUUGAUUUGAAGCAGCAGAUAAAGAAUCUCAUUAGGCAAGGACAAUUGAGAAAUUUCAUUGGACGAGAUCACAAGGAUAAGAAGUUGAAGGGAAAGCUAGAAGAGUCGUCACGACCCCCACUUGGAGAAAUAAGAGUUACCAUAGAAGGGACCUUGACAAGACAAUCUUCCAAGUCAAGGAAGAUGUACCUAAAGGUAGUGCAAAACGUCCAACGUUCUGGACGAUCCCCAAGGAUGAGGGUAACGGACGAGCAAGCCAUUAAGUUCGACGAAUAUCUUAUAUUACCCUACCUUCCAACAAUGAGGCUUGGAUGA